UGAGGGCGGGGCGUGGAUGCAGGAAGGGCAUGCAGAGCGGUCAUGUCUUCUCCCCAGCAGACACCCUCCUGGCACCUGGAUGUGCCCAUCAAGAGUGUUUAUAACUCUGCCUCCAGCCCCUUUCUCCCCCCUCUCCAGAGCUGUGACUGCAGUGGGAGGAAAGCUCCUUCCUGCAGUCACCCGGUGACCUGCCGCCAUGACAGCUGUCUAGGUGCCCAACCCUAAGUCACCUCUUCAGUGUAAACUCAGGCCUCAGGCACAGUCAGAAGGGGCUAUUUAUGGAUCACAAAAGACACUUCUCUUACUCAGGAAAUUCCAAGGGCUUUAGAAGCUCAGCGCCAGGAAAACCGAAUCUAUUUUCUUAUUAUACCAUAAUGUAUUUUUUUAAGUAAAAGUUAGCUUUCCUUUUCCUCCCUCCCUUCCUCUCUCUCAUCCCUUUCCCCUCCUCCGCCCUCCCUCAAAGCUUCCAUGCUGCUAGCUAGCAUCCACACAUAUUUAGAUUCCUGUGGGCUCCAAGCAGCGCCAAUGGGGCCCUGGUGCCUGAGCCAUGGAAGAAUUGGGAUUCCCUCAGUGCCUUUUAGAUCAAUGGCUUCUUUCACCCUUGGGUGUCCCCUUACAACCCUGGAUACUCUUUUUUUGAAGAUUUAAUAAGAAGGAGUCACACAGAAAGAGGGAGAGAAGGGAGAGCACACACUCCUCUAAAUGUGGUGGUCUAGGAGUCCAAGUUCAUGGAUGCUUCUUUUCAGAUCCCCACUCUGGAAAACAUGCCAGGUGCUGUCCACAAAGACUUUGCCUGAUGCCUCUUCCUGAGGGACCUAGGAAGGAAAUGCUUUGAGAGAACAACGUUUUUCUAGAAGGUUGUUGUUUAUAGGGUCUUAUUCCAGAUCCAUUCUUAAGAAACAUUCAUGGGAGCCUGAGGGGGUCACCCCAGGCUCAAGAGUGUGGACCUGGGCUCCACAGCAUGCAGCACUGAGGUUCCUGCUCCACGUGGGCACUCACUCUUCCCCACCUUCAGCUGCAGCUACGUUAUGACUGUUAUUACAGCUCCCAUGUCCCACAGGAUUUUGUAAAAUGGGGAAAUCCCUCUCUUUCUCUUCCUUUAAGCCGUCAUUCAUCACUUGCUGACCAGGGCCAUUUGACUUCCAUCUGCGGCUGCACACAUGGUCUCAUCCCAUCCUAUGAGGCAGGUCUUGGACAGAUCACUACUUACAGUGGAAUGUGUCAGAAUACCCGGGAGUGAAGACUGUGCGUUUCCCAGACGGCCAGAUUUGGAAACCAGACAUUCUGCUCUAUAACAGUGCUGACGAGCGCUUUGACGCCACAUUCCACACCAACGUCUUGGUGAAUUCUUCUGGGCACUGCCAGUACCUGCCUCCAGGCAUAUUCAAGAGUUCCUGCUACAUCGAUGUACGCUGGUUUCCCUUUGAUGUGCAGCAUUGCAAGCUGAAGUUUGGAUCCUGGUCUUACGGAGGGUGGUCCUUGGAUCUGCAGAUGCAGGAGGCAGAUAUCAGCGGCUAUAUCCCCAAUGGGGAAUGGGACCUCGUGGGAAUCCCGGGCAAGAGGAGUGAAAAGUUCUAUGAGUGCUGCAAAGAGCCCUACCCCGACGUCACCUUCACGGUGACCAUGCGCCGCAGGACCCUCUACUACGGCCUCAAUCUGCUCAUCCCCUGCGUGCUCAUCUCCGCCCUCGCCCUGCUGGUGUUUCUGCUUCCUGCAGAUUCUGGGGAGAAGAUUUCCCUGGGGAUAACAGUCUUGCUCUCUCUUACUGUCUUCAUGCUGCUCGUGGCUGAGAUCAUGCCCGCAACAUCCGAUUCCGUGCCAUUGAUAGCCCAGUACUUCGCCAGCACCAUGAUCAUUGUGGGGCUCUCGGUGGUGGUGACGGUGAUCGUGCUGCAGUACCACCACCACGACCCCGAUGGCGGCAAGAUGCCCAAGUGGACCAGAGUCGUCCUACUGAACUGGUGCGCGUGGUUCCUGCGCAUGAAGAGGCCCGGGGAGGACAAGGUGCGCCCAGCCUGCCAGCACACGCGGCGCCGCUGCAGCCUGGCCAGCGUGGAGAUGAGCGCGGUGGCGCCGCCGCCCGCCAGCAACGGGAACCUGCUGUACAUCGGCUUCCGCGGCCUGGACGGCGUGCACUGUGCCCCAACCCCCGACUCCGGGGUGGUGUGCGGCCGCAUGACCUGUUCCCCCACGCACGACGAGCACCUCCUGCACGGCGGGCAGCCCCCCGAGGGGGACCCGGACCUGGCCAAGAUCCUGGAGGAGGUCCGCUACAUCGCCAACCGCUUCCGCUGCCAGGACGAGAGCGAGGCGGUGUGCAGCGAGUGGAAGUUCGCGGCCUGCGUGGUGGACCGCCUGUGCCUCAUGGCCUUCUCGGUCUUCACCAUCAUCUGCACCAUCGGCAUCCUGAUGUCCGCUCCCAACUUCGUGGAGGCCGUGUCCAAAGACUUCGCGUAGCCGCGCCUGGUUCUGUACAUGUGGGAAACGCACAGAUGGGCAAGGCCUUUGGCUUGGGGAGAUUUGGGGGUGCUAAUCCAGGACAGCAUUAAACGUGACAACUCCGAUGUUCCCGUAGGGCUGUCGGUCGUGUUGCUUGUGGUUUCCUCGUUACUGUAGGUGAUAGGGUCUCAGCACUCUGCUCAGUACUCUCAGAUGGGCUGACCGAUGCCCUUGGCCCGUCCGUGCUGUCGGUCAGCAGGGACUCUGAGAGGUCGUUUUGCCCAUGAGCCCGCUGCCUGGAAAGCCCUUCAGAGAGCUCCCAGUGGCUCCUCGCCGCCGCCGGGACAGUUGGUUCUGCAUGUCUGCAUGCCACUUGCCACGAAGGUCUACCUGAAAAGUCAACAUUUGCUUUUUGCCUGUGUACAAACCUAGAUUGAAGCUAAAAUAAACCACACUCACCAAAUCCAUUCCAAUAAUUGACUGGUGGAAGGAAAACAAAAAACGGAAACUGAAAACUAAAAACUAAAUCUGCUGGCUUUUCUGCAAUUCAACUUUUAUUUUUAUUUUUUCUAUCAAAGACUAUUGGUAGAGGGAAGCAGUUUUAUGUGGUUUCUGUGUUAGAGAGAGAGAGACUGUGGGUCUUGCUAAGGAUGUUUUUACCAGCCUCCCUGGCUUCUGCAAACCGACCUUGUCAAGGAAAUCAAAGGGACACGGGUUUCCGUUUAUUCUGAACAAGGACCCGGCCCCACGGAGCAUCUCUGGUGGAUUUCAGAUAACUCCUAAGCACCACUGCUCUCAGACACUGAGGUGUUGAGCAAAUCUGUCCUAUUCUGCAGAACCCACAGGACACAUAGAGUUCUACUAGAAAUAACAGCCCAAAAGAAUAGCUGAAGCUAAGUGAAGCCGUUUAUGUGGGCUGAAGGAAAAAAAUAAAUGUGUUAGCUGAUUCACAUGCACUGGAGUGGAUUAGUCUUAGAAACGUGCACAUCCAUACAAAUGCACAUCAUCAAAUGAACAUACCGCAUAUUCCUAGGCCCUAUCUGUGUGUGUCAGGGCCAGGAAGUGGGGGCUGGGAACUCUUCUGGUCCCCACUAUAGCAGGUGCCAGGAGGGGGUGAUGUGGCCCAUCCCUUUUCUGGAUACCUGGCCAGUGGCAGGCAGGUAUCCAGGCCGCAGUGCUCUGGAUAGGGAGGAGCUGGCAGACCCUCAGUGACUGACAGGCCAGCAACUCUAGAUUCUGGCCUUUUGGAGUCUGCCUGCCCCGAGCCCGUCCAUGACAGGUGCAGCCCAGAAAGCUGGCUCAAGGUCCAUGGGUGGAUUCCCUGGAGAUGAGCAACUUGAAAACAAGAGAAACUUUAAUUUUGAAACCUAACUGCUGAUACAGCCCUUCCCUUAGAUUAUCCAGCUGACAGUAUCACUUUGCCUCUUCUCUGUCUUAUUUUUUAAAUGAGGUCAGAGGGUAAUUUGCCAAGAAAGACCUCUCCUGUUCCAUGGUAUCGUCCAACAGCUGCUCAGACCUCAAAAUUGUAGGAGGCUUCUGAGCCCCUCGAGAUUUUAAAUUUGCUUCUAACCCUUGAGAUGGGAACGUCAUGCGGGAAGAUUUUAUUUUCAGAGUUAAAUAAAUCGUAUGUGUUUUUCCAGCCAUCCAGCUCACUCAUUUCUGGGUAAUUCACAUGAAUUUAUUUGCACUAGAGGAAGGUGGAAGCUUGUGUGUGUUCAAGGUGUGUGUGUGUGUGUGUAAGUGCACAAGCACCUGUGUGUGACUUAAGGGAAGAGACCUCACUUACAAGAAAGUUGAUGAAUCAGGGCAUUCCAGCCCCAGGUGGUUUGGAGCAGGCUCUUCCAGCAGUCACUCCUUCCACAUGCUAUGGAUGAACCAUGCACAAGAUUUUUAUUUAUUGUUUUCUAUUACAAUGUCUUUAGAAACAAGUAGAAGUGUUUUGAUAUAUAAAGGGAAUGCUUUCUAGGAGAUAACCUAGAAAUGCUUCAUUUCUUAUCAUUAUCCCAGAAUUGAUCCCUCCCACAUUUUUGCUUAAAAAAGAAACCUUUUGGGGUUUGUACAGGAACACAUAAAAUGCAAACCAAAGUUGUGCAUAUUUUGACCCCUGAAAUAACUACUCUGUCAUUUAAUAAAGUAAUAAUAGGGAAUAGAUGUACACAUAGUUAGAAAAGUAUAAGCGGUUAAAAACAGCCUCCCAUACCGCCUCUUUUCUCUCUCAGAGAGGACCAUUAAUGAGCUUCUCGGGGCAUUUCUAGAAAAGAAGAAAAGAAGGUAAGAGGCCAAAGAGAGAGGGACGGGGGCAUGGAGAGAGACAUCCCUUCCCAGCACUGCACUCUGUGAAGUGCUCUGCACCUUGCAUUCUUCACGUGGUGUUUCGUCUUAGAGGCUGUCCCGUAAUAACAUAAAGAUCUACCUCAUCCCUCCUAAUAGCUGCUCAGCAUUCCACUGUCUCAGCGGACUGUCAUUUAUUUGAAUAGCCUUUUACUGGUGAACAUAUGGGUAUUUCCAGUUUUUAUUUUUAUACACAAAUCUAUAAUUGGCAUGCUUGUACAUACAUCUUGACAUACUUUUGUGACUAAAGCUUGGUGUAAAUUCCAACUUAGAAAUGGAAUUGCUGAGUGUUAAGGUUAUGUGUAUUUAAAAUUUUGAUAGAUAUUGGCAGGUUAUCUCCUAGAAACUGAUCAAUGGAUGUAACUCCGUCAAGAGUACAAAAAAAGGCCCAGUUCCUCAGCUUUCUAUAAUAGCCUGGGGUAUUUUCAACCUUGAUGUUUUCCCGAUACAACUGGUGAAACAUGAUAUUUAGGAAUAUUAUUCUGAUUUUGGAUUAUCAUGUGUAAAAAUGGAACAUUUUUCCAAUUUUUUGUAAUUUUAAUUUUUAUAAACAUAUCUUUUACCCAAUUCCUAAUCGCGUUAUUUGGCUUUUUCUUAAUUAAUUUGUUUGUGCACUUUGGGACAUUUUUGUCUUAUGUCCUUAAAAUAAUUUUGUCAUUUGUCUUUUGAUGUUAUUUAUUGAUUUCCUUAUUUAUUGGCAUAGAGAGAGUUUAAAUUUUUAUGUUGUCAAUUUAUCAGUAUUUUUCUUUGUCAGUGGUGGGAUUCGUUUCCAGUUUUUAAAAGCCUUCCUCGGGCCGGGCGCAGUGGCUCAAGCCUGUAAUCCCAGCACUUUGGGAGACCGAGGCGGGUGGAUCACGAGGUCAAGAGAUCGAGACCAUCCUGGUCAACAUGAUGAAACCCCGUCUCUACUAAAAAUACAAAAAUUAGCUGGACAUGGUGGCGCAUGCCUGUAAUCCCAGCUGCUCAGGAGGCUGAGGCAGGAGAAUUGCCUGAACCCAGGAGGCGGAGGUUGCGGUGAGCCGAGAUCAUGCCAUUGCACUCCAGCCUGGGUAACAAGAGCGAAACUCCAUCUCAAAAAAAAAAAAAAGCCUUCCUCAUCAUGAGAUUAUAAAUAAACUUGCUCAUAUUUCUUUCUGAAACUUUAUGGUUUCAUUUGCUUAUUUCACAUCUUCUGACUCCCUGGAAUUCAUUUGUUCCAGGAAACGAGGGAAAGAUCCAUACUUUUUCCUUCAUGUGGUGGCCAGUUAUAUCAAUUACUAUGUAAUAAUUAAUUUUGGAAAUACAGUCAUAGUGUUUUCCCUGCUUCUUCAAAAUGGAACCUUGUUUGUAAACUAGAGUUCUGUAAGUGUUUGGUUCUAUUUCUGUUCUGUUUAUUUAUCUCUGUAUGAAUGCCUUUAAUUUCUAAAGCUUUGCUCAUACCAAUAUCAAUACUUUCAACAGUCCCUUCAGCUCUGAAUCUCUCUCAUGUGAAUCUUUUUUAAAAAAAUUAGAGUCACAACGAAUUUACAGAUUGAGUCUUCCUAUUCAAAAGCAUGAAAUCUUGUGUUUAAGUCUAAUUUUAUUAACUUAUUGGUUUUAUGAUUUUCUUUGUUGAGAUCUUAUGAAUUUAUAGUUGCUUCUUUCCAGAUGGUUCAUCAUGUGGCUACCGUUUCCAACGGAAUGAUUUACUCCACUUUAUUUUCUAUUUUAUCCCAAUGUAUAAGAAAGUAGUUGGUUUUCAUGUAUAAAUGUUACAAUCGACCACAAGUUGUGAUUCCUACUCAUUUCUGAGAUUUCCUUUUGACUUCUCUUUUCCAGUGUUUCUUUCUUGAAUCUGGUUCCUUUGAGGUCGGUGUUGAGUAACAGUUACUUCUCUUGUUCUUGACAACAGUGGGAUGUUUUAAUGUCUCAGUGUUUAACUUGUAUGAAGACAUGUAUUUUCUUUGCCAUAAUAAAAAAGUACCUGUGUGUUCUCAAA